GGCAACAUGGCGAAGUGUGGCGGAUGACUUACUCAGGAAAUGGGAAAAGUCGGCAUUUUUGAAGCAAUAGAUUCGCCUAAGUAAAAAAAGUAAGAUAAAAUACAGAGACGUAAUUCUGACACCAAAGAAACGUGUACGGGCGGUGCUUCGCUUCGCUGCGUUGCCAUGGAAUACAUUACAACGCCAAAGGUUGAACAAGUAAAACUGCUUGACAGAUACACCUCCAAGAAGCCAACGUUUGGGACACUUUAUCUGACAACGACCCACCUGAUUUACGUCGAAAAUAGUUCUGACACCCGGAAGGAAACCUGGAUUCUUCACCAUCACAUAGCAGCGAUUGAGAAGCUGCCCCUCACUGCUGCAGGCUGCCCCCUCCUCAUCCACUGCAAGAACUUCCACGUGGUUCACUUUGUCAUUCCUCGUGAGAGAGACUGUCAGGAUGUGUCCCAGUCCCUGCUUAAAUUGUCCCAACCAGCAAAGCACGAGGAGCUGUAUGCGUUUCUAUACAACCCAAAACAAGACGAGAACGACAGGAGAAUCGGGUGGGCCACUGUGGACCUGAAAAUGGAAUAUGAAAGAAUGGGAUUGCCCAACGAUUUGUGGGAAAUGACUGACCUUAACAAAAACUAUGGGAUUUGCAGCACAUAUCCUGCAGACUUGGCCGUUCCCUCUGCAGCGAGCAAGGCUACCAUCGUGGGUAGUUCCAAGUUCCGGAGCCGGGGGCGCUUCCCAGUCCUGUCAUAUUUCUACAAACAGAAUAAUGCUGCUAUUUGCCGCUGCAGCCAGCCGCUGUCGGGUUUCAAUGCACGUUGCAUGGAAGAUGAGCAGAUGCUGCAGGACAUCAGCAAGGCCAAUCCAAAGAGUUCCUUCAUGUAUGUGGUAGACACCCGACCUAAGCUGAAUGCUAUGGCGAACAGAGCUGCUGGGAAAGGCUAUGAGAACGAAGACCAUUACUCAAAUAUCCGCUUUCAGUUUGUGGGUAUUGAGAACAUCCAUGUGAUGAGAAGCAGUCUACAGAAGCUUGUUGAAGUGUGCACGGCGAAGUCUCCGACAAUGAGCGACUUCUUGACCGGGCUUGAGAAUUCAGGCUGGUUGCGUCACAUCAAAGCUGUAAUGGAUGCAGGGCUGUUCUUAGUAAAGGCUGUAAUGGAGGAGAAGGCCAGCGUGCUGGUGCACUGCUCAGAUGGCUGGGACCGCACUGCACAAGUCUGCUCUCUGGCCGGGAUCCUCCUCGACCCCUUCUAUCGGACCAUUAAGGGCUUGAUGGUAUUGAUAGAAAAAGAAUGGAUAUCUAUGGGUCAUAAAUUCACUCAAAGAUGUGGACAUUUGGAAGGAGAUCCCAAAGAAGUGUCCCCCAUUUUCACCCAAUUCAUUGAGUGCCUCUGGCAUCUGAUGGAGCAGUUCCCCUGUGCUUUCGAGUUCAAUGAACGGUACCUCCUUGAAAUCCACGACCACGUCUAUGCCUGUCAGUUUGGGAACUUCAUCGGCAACUGCCAAAAAGAGCGAGUGGAAAUGAAACUUCAGGAACACACCUACUCUCUCUGGCCUUUUCUCCUGGAGAGAAAACAGGAGUUCUUAAACCCACUGUAUAAGAGUUCUAUAAAUAAUGAAGUGCUGAAGCCGAACACUUUACCAUUCAAUUUCAAGCUUUGGUGUGGCAUGUAUAAUCGCUUUGAUAAGGGCAUGCAUCCAAGGCAGUCAGUCCUGGAUUGUCUGUUGGGACUGUCACAACAAAAAGCAAGUGAGGAAGAGAAGAUGAAUGAGCUUCAAAAAAAAUUCGAAGGCAUUGACGUGGUCUCACCAAACCAAGGCCAGUUCUGCCAGAUCAGUAUACCUGUUGAGAAAUCUUGCCUGGGGCUGUCCGCACCUUGUGCCUUCAGUGUCACCGAGAUCAAGAACGUGGCCACCCAGCCUAAUGGCACCGCGCAGGACUCGAAGGGAAGUUGUGCCAGUUAGAGGAAUCUGGAGGGAAACGCCUGCUGCAGAUCCUGGCGAAAGCAAACCACCUUCCUCUGAAGUGUUGCCAUGGAGACCGUAAAAACGAAAGAGUUUGAAACCUGUGCAGCAAUUGUCAAGUCAAAAAAGGGUGGUUAACUGGUAUCUGCUUGUGCCAAGUUCUGGUUACAUCUGCUAAAGAGGACCAGUAAUAAUUAAUAGACUAAUUACUGUCAUAAAAUAACCACACUGAUAGUAUGUAUAAUGACAGACAGUGCUGUACAAUUAAUCCGCGGUGGUUGUCUUUUAACAAGUGUAUGCAUCAGUUUGUUUAGCUGCUGACAGAAUAUUAUUUGUGCAGCUGUUGUCCACAUACUGAAUGUCGGACUUACAUGGCAAAAUAUUUGCAGAUAUUUGUUUUGCACAUUGAAGUAUGGCAGCGAGACUGAAUAUCAUGUUCAGUUGAAUUAAGUUUUUAAAAUGGAAUCAUAGGAACAUUUUGAAAGGAGAAUCGUUUUGUACUUAUUGUUUUGAAUCAUUUUGGAAAUUGUCAUAAUGCAGCUGCUACGGAUGAAAAUUUGUGAAUUAAGGAAAAACAAUGGUGAAAACGGAAGUACAUGUUAACAGCAAAUAUAACUAAUUUUUAAGAGAAUAUUUCCAAAGCAAAAUCACCAAGCUUUGGGUGAAAUUUUACAUAUUUGAUAAUGGCCACAAGGGAUUCAAGUAAUAAAAAUAUACAUAAAGGGUAACUUUUGAUAAGGGAAGGUAUAGGAAUAAAGGGUGAUGGCAGUGAAUUUGUUGAUUAAUUUAUAGAAAACAGCACAGAUGCAUGUUUUCUGACAUAAUGUGCUAUGUUGUUCCAACUUAAUUACUGUUUUUAACAUUUUAUAUUUUGAAUUGUCUAAUUUGGAAAUGCAUUAGUCUGUAUAUGUAUUUUAUAUUAGCAAUUUAACAAAGAUUAAAAUUUUGUUUAUCAAUUCUGUUUCUCCAAAAAAUGUAGCACAAUAGCACAUACCAAACAAAAAUAUCAUGGAUGCCUGGAUGAAGUUAGUUUGGUUGUUGUCAGAUGAUUUUGGUUACUUAUCCGGCCUAUUUUUCACUGUUUGCCUCACUGAAUUGUGUCUCAGCAUCUUAACUGUGUUUAUACAACAUGUUUACAUUGUAAAUAUAGUAUAAAUGUAUAAUAAAAAAUGAUUUCUGUGUGUGCUCAUAUGUAUAUCAACACACAUAAAUGUAUUAAAAAAUGUGUGACCAUUUCGGGAACGAUGACGCCCGUUUUGCCUAAAUGUGAGUAGACGUGUUGAAGAAUGGUGUUUCCUUGCUCUGUGUGUUCAGAGGACAGUGUCUGGAUUGCGCUGUUUUGUGUGGUGCCUCAAAAAAAAUCGAACAAUGAGUUACUGAACACCUGUUUUGUUAGCCAGAAAAUCUUGUUCACAGUGGUAAAUGAGAGCCUAUGGAGUGCAUUUUUAUAUAUUCAUAAGCAAUUUUAGUUAUGCCUUUUUAAAAAAUU